AGCGUGUUUUCUCCAAUAAUUGAUGAGGAGCCGGACUCCACAACGUUACAGAUCAAAUCAUUAAACUACUCAGAAGUAGAUCAAAUCAUUGAAAAUACCCAAGAUUUAUACAUCACUAAAAAUCCCUGAAGUCUAUAAUUCCUCUGUUUCUCUCUGUGUCUCUCCCGUACACACAAACAGACCCCAACCUUCUUUUGAUACCAGACGAUAUUUCUUAACCAUGGAGUCAAACAAUCCGGAAAUCGAAUAUGAUCUAUCUCAUCUUUGUGUAGUAUACAAGAAUGGUAAAGUGGAGAGAUUUAUCGGCACCGAAAUUGUUCCUCCUUCGCCUGCGGAUCCAGAAACUGGUGUCGGGUCCAAAGACAUUGUCAUUGAACCCGACACCGGCAUAUCGGCCCGGCUCUACAAGCCCAAACCCACAAACCAGGAUCAAAAACUCCCUCUCCUGGUUUACUUUCACGGCGGUGGAUUCUUCGUCCAAACGGCCUUCUCUCCGACAUACCAGCCAUUCCUCAAUUCGCUUGCAGCCCAAGCCAAUGUUAUUAUAGUCUCCGUUGACUACAGAAGAGCUCCGGAGCACCCGCUGCCGAUCGGGUACGACGACUCGUGGGCCGCGGUGAAAUGGGUCGUGUCUCACUCCGGUGGAAACGGUGAGGAGGAAUGGCUGAGAGAUUGUGCUGAUUUUGGGCGGGUGUUUUUUGGUGGAGAUAGUUCUGGUGCAAAUAUAGCCCAUAAUUUGGCCAUCCGGGCCGGGUCGGACGGGUUGGAUGGUGGGAAGCUUGUGGGGUUGGUUUUGAUGCAUCCGUACUUCUGGGGGAAAGAUCCGAUUGGUGAUGAAACUACUGACGUGGCUGCAAGAACAUUUCAAGAGAAGGUGUGGCUUUCGGCAUGCCCGAGGAGUACCGGGCUGGACGACCCGUUGAUCAACCCGGUGAUGGAUCCGAAAUGGCCAGGCAUGGGAUGUGCCAAGGUCUUGGUGGUUGUAGCAGAGAAAGAUGUUUUGAAACAUAGAGGUUGGUUAUAUUACGAGGAAUUGCGAAAGAGCGGGUGGGGAGGAGAGGCGGAGAUCGUGGAGACCGAAGGGGAAGAACAUGUUUUCUAUUUGGAAAAGCCCUAUUGUGAUAAGGCUAAGGAUCUAGUGAAGAGAGUUGCAUCCUUUAUGAAGAUGAUUUAAGCAACAUAACUAUCAAUGAACACAAAAGAACUACACGCUGAGGUUAUUAAAUUAAGCGGAAAGAGGUAUGGAAAAAUCUCGUUAAGGUUUGUAUGAUGAAUAUAUAUAUUUAUGGCUCGGUUAAGGGUUGUAAUAUGAGUUGAUUGUGGAUUCAAGUAUUGUAUUUUGAGUUAAAUGUGAAUUCAAGUAUUCUGGGUAAAUCUGUUUAAUUUUUUGUUUAGUUCAGCAAAAUUCAACCCUGUAGCAUCAUAUGCAGUACACUAACCAUAUCAAGAGGCCCCAAAAGUCUUCCCAUACAUUUCUAUGUGAUGUAGUACAAAUUUUUUUGUUUCAUUUGUACAAUGGCUUCUGUUGUGAGAAGGCCAAAAUGUUCGUUUCAAUUUGUUUUAAUAUCUCGUUAAUUCGCGUAAGAUUGGGCAUGUUCGUUUUAAGAUUUGGAUUUUGAGUAAUGAGUAGAGAGAAAUAAAAAUGAUAAGUAUAAAAUAACCUUCCAAGGUCAACCCAAACCAGGAUGCCUAGCUCAACACGAAGGGUCAUGUAGGGGUCCUAGCGACAUGGAGCUUAGCUUAAAGAACUGAGCUCAAUGGACCAGCCCAAGGGCAAAGGUCAGCCCAAACCAAAGAGCUCACGAGCACAGCCCUAAAGGCUCGAGCUAGAGUCCUAAGAACAUAGAAUCUAGCCUAUAAUAGCUAGCCUCUAUUAAACCAGUCUAAGGACGGAGGCCAGCUCACGAGCACAACUCAUAGAAAGAUACCAAGAUCAGCUCAUCAGGUGAGCUCGGCAAAUAUGACAAACCUGCAGCCAAAGACUUAUAAAACACUCCACAGCAGAAGUUCAUACAAUCUAUGAGACUCAUAGAACAACCAGGACCUUAUCUCAUCCAAAAAGAUUAGGCCGCGAGUCCUAGAGGAUAACCACAGAGAUUCGUCCACCAUGAAGACUCCUAACCUUAAUGACAAGCACAAGAGUACUAAGGAAAUGAGAACUCCUAAAACUAAUAAGGACCAAAGAAGUCCUAGAUAAGGAGGACACUCCAUCUUAUUCCCGUCAAGUACGGAUAAGCCCAAGAGGUCCCAGCACCGUAAGGACUCUUAACCUUGAUAACAAUCGCAGAAUCCAAAGGUGAAGGGACUCCUCAAAUCUGAUAAGGGUCAGGGGAGUUCUAAGAUGAGGAAGACACUCCAACACCUAUCUAUUCCUACCAUGAACUGACACUUAAGAGUCCCGGUCUCAAGGAAUUCCUCCCAAAGAUGCCUAUAUAAAGAUCACACCUCUUUAUCACAAAGGUACGCAAUGCAAAAACUACAAAACUCAUAUUCAGUCCAUACUCUCUUCUAAAGCAGAUCGACUGUCUUAGGCAUCGGAGGGGUGAUGGGGACAGCCACGCCGGUGCCCAUAGCUUUUAUGUUUUGUAUUGCAGGUCGUUAAUCAAGCAUGCAAGAAGCCGUUUCAUCCGUUGGAGGACAAGAUGGACGGUUGAGGUACCCCUCCUCCGGAAGUGACUAAAAACCGCUUCAUCAAGAAUAAUAAUUGAGAGAAAUUUUUUUAAAAACCGUGCGCAGAGAAAAAGUCCAAAGCCUAAAAUUCCAAAACGAUCAGGGUCUAUAGCGUAAGAGGGGUGGAUUUGCAUCCCACCCUCGAUGGCCACUUUUAGGUUCAAAGUUUGGCGAGCCGGAUUAAUUUUGAACGGCAAGAGUGAAAAAUUCUGCUCCCGGAUUGUAUAGCGUUCUUCAUCUUAAUGUCCCUGUUCGAUAGUAAUUUCUAUGAAAUACAUCCCGACUUCAAUUAGACCUUGCCGGAGGACAAUGAAUCGAUCCACCGACGUUUGUCAAUGUGCACGUGAGCUUCGGACGCCUAGGACCCUAGGUUAUCUAUAAACAAUAAGUCUAUGCCCACCACUAACGCGAGGGCCGGCCCCAAGUUUUUGUCAGCAAAGUAAAUUACACAAAGAGUAGAUGAGAUCAUUAAAAUACUCGAGAGUUGCGUGCUUCCCUACAUUUUCCUCGAAAUGGACAGCUCAACUUCCAUUCAAAUCCCAUUAGAAUUCUUCUGUUUCUUCCUCUGUCUCUCUCAUCCUACACACAAACAGACCCCACCUCCUCCUUUCGAUACUUGAUGAUAUUUCCUCCCCAUGGAAUCAAACAAUCUUGAAAUCGAAUAUGAUUUAUCUCCGCUCUGUAUUGUAUACAAGGAUGGCAAAGUGGAGAGAUUAAUCGGCACCGAAAUCGUUCCCCCUUCGGCUGCGGAUUCAGAAACGGGUGUCGGGUCCAAAGACGUUGUCAUUGAACCCGACACCGGCGUAUCCGCCCGGCUCUACAAGCCCAAACCCACAAACUCCGAUCAAAAACUCCCCGUCCUAGUUUACUUUCACGGCGGCGCAUUCUUGGUCCAAACGGCCUUCUCUCCCACGUACCAGCCAUUUCUCAAUUCACUUGCAUCCCAAGCUAACGUUAUUAUAGUCUCCGUCGAGUACAGAAGAGCUCCGGAGCACCCGCUCCCGGUCGGGUACGAUGAUUCCUGGGCCGCCGUGAAAUGGGUCGUGUCUCACUCCGGCGGAGACGGUGAGGAGGACUGGCUGGGAGAUUGUGCUGAUUUCGGGCGUGUGUUCUUCGCAGGAGAUAGUUCUGGUGCAAAUAUAGCUCAUAACAUGGCCAUCCGGGUCGGGUCGGACGGGUUGGAUGGUGGGAAACUCGCGGGGUUGGUUUUGAUGCAUCCGUUUUUCUGGGGGAAAGACCCGACUGGUGAUGAAACCACUGACGUGGGUGUACGAGAAUAUCUAGAGAAGGUGUGGCUUUCCGCAUGCCCGACGAGUACCGGGCUGGACGAUCCGUGGAUCAACCCGGUGAUGGAUCCGAAAUGGUCAGGCAUGGGAUGUGCCAAGGUCUUGGUGGUUGUAGCAGAGGGAGAUGUUUUGAAACACAGAGGUUGGUUAUACUAUGAGGAAUUGGGAAAGAGUACUGGGUGGGGAGGAGAGGUGGAGAUCAUGGAGACCGAAGGGGAAGAACAUGUUUUCUAUCUGGAAAAGCCCCAUUGCGAUAAGGCCAAGGAUCUGGUGAAGAGAGUUGCAACAUUCCUGAAGUCGGAAUCAAGCAUAUAAGUAAACACAGAACAACACGAUGCGAUUGGAAUCUCAAGACAACGGAAGAUUAAAAGCGAAGUGUGUGUAUAUUUUUCGGGAAUGGAAACUACGGUUCCGUUUAUUUCGAUGUAAAAUAUUUUUUCGGAAAAUAAAUUUUAAAUUUUUAUUUUUUGAUA